CGCGAGGAGAGCGAAAGGACACAUCACCCUCCGUGUUGCUGGUCGCGCGUCGGAACCCCCUUCGCCUUUUGGCGAUUCCCAAGGACGUCGUUUGCCAUCCUGUCGGUCACCUUCUUGGGGGAAACGUCGGGGUUUUAAAAUAGCUGCGUUUUUCUCCCAUUUUUUCUUAAAUGCCAGGAGGAGCGGCUGCCUGUCGGGAUCUUUUUUCUCCAUUGCUUUUGGGGUAAUUUAAAGUUUGGGGGGUGUUCUUCCCCCACCUUCCAGACUCACCCGCAUUCCGGGUUUGAGAGACAGAGAAAGUUCAGGUUUUCACCUGUUUGGUACAUGCUGGUGGGAUACGCAUAAAGAGAUUAUUCAGGAAUGGUGGAUCACUUGCUUCCUGCGGAUGAAUCUUUCUCAUCCACCAGGCCCUCGAUUGGAUACUUUGGGGACAUGACAGCAGUUGGGAGGUCAUACCAAAUGCUGCCUUCCCCAGUGUCUGAAGAUGACAGUGAUUCCUCAAGUUUUUGUUCUUGUUCAAGUCCAGAUUCACAGGUUCUAGGCUCCAGCUAUGGGAGCUCAUCAAGUGCCGAGAAUCAGGACAGUAUCUUGGACUAUUUGUUGUCCCAGGCAUCUUUGGGGAAUGGCCAUACUUCUUGGUGGGAUAAAAGGAGACUUCAGCCCAUUGUGAAGGAGGAGAAUUUUAGAAUGCCUGAGUUCAUGGUGGAGAUGGAAGAUUCUGGACCAUUCCAGCCCACCCUUGAGGAGAUAGAGGAGUUUCUGGAAGAGAACAUGGAGUCUGAUCUCAAAGAAGGACCUAAGAGUGAGACCAAAGACAUGAGAGCUUGCAGCCAAAUUACUGUAGCUUCCAUACAGCAAAAAGACCAGAUGGUGCCAAGUGUUAGUUUAAAAGACAGUAAAAAUGAACAAUCAAAUGGUGCAAUGGAAGGUAGCCAUGCAUGUAAUGGAACAAUGUCCCUUGAUGGAGGGAUACCAGUCAUGCUCCAGAUUCAGCCAGUUCAAGUUAAACAAGCAUCAAAUGUGAGCCCUAGUUCGCAAGGACCAGUGCAAGAAAACAUUAAAAUUGCACAGCUUUUGGUCAACAUCCAAGGGCAAACUUUUGCAUUGGUGCCACAACUUGUUCAAUCAUCCAACUUGAACUCAUCUUCCAAAUUUGUCCGCAUAGCUCCAGUUCCGAUAGCUGCAAAACCUAUCGGUCCAGGAGGUACAAUGCAGGGUCAAACUGGGGUCAUCAUGGGUCAAAAGUUUCAAAAGAAUCCUGCAGCAGAACUCAUUAAAAUGCACAAAUGUACUUUCCCUGGAUGUACCAAGAUGUACACAAAAAGCAGCCAUUUGAAAGCCCAUCUAAGAAGGCACACAGGAGAAAAACCUUUUGCAUGUACUUGGCCUGGCUGUGGAUGGAGGUUAGUACUGACGCAUGGUGUCUGA